GGAUUCCUAUCUCUUCCUUUCUCUAAUAUCCCUGCACAUACUCCAGUCGGGUCGCCAUAUUGGGCUGCACCGUUCAACUUGUGAUUUCAUUAAGUUCUGGCUAGUGAGCUUCUGCAUAGUGUACCGUGGAUUUAUUACAUUAUAUUUAUUUCAAUGGCGUUUCAGUGUCAAAGGGACUGUUACAUGCAAGAGUUUGUCACCUCAGUGGUGGCUUGCUCACCUGGUGAAAUGAAACAAGAAAUCAAUGGCAAGAAAGAAACCGUUAAAGGCUUCAAUGUCAAGCUCCAAGACACCAUAUUGUUUCCUGAGGGAGGUGGUCAGCCAGAUGACCACGGGCUGAUUGGAGAUGUGCCGGUGCUGCGGGUGACGAGGCAGGGAGCUGAGGCUGUGCACUUUGUGAGUUCAGCUCUAGAGGUGGGCCAGGAGGUGCAGCUGAAGGUGGACUGGGAGCGGAGGUUUGACCACAUGCAGCAACACUCAGGGCAACAUCUAAUCACAGCUAUUGCAGAAUCCAUGUUUGGGUACAAGACCACAUCCUGGGAGUUGGGGCGUCAGCGCAGCACCAUAGAGCUGGACACUCCCUCCAUGAAGCCUGCCCAGAUGGAGGCCCUCGAGGCAGCAGUCAAUGAGAAGAUACGUGCUCAUGUUCCCGUCGCUGUUCAGGUCCUCUCCUUAGAUGACCCUGCAUUGGAACAGGUGAGGAGUCGCGGUCUCCCGGACGACGCAGCGGGGCCUAUCCGGAUCAUCGACAUUGAGGGCAUUGACGUCAACAUGUGCUGUGGGACCCACGUGUCCAACCUCAGUCACUUACAGGUCAUAAAACUCCUGGGGACUGAGAAAGGAAAGAAGAACAAAACUAAUCUGUUAUUUCUAGUGGGAAACCGGGUCCUGAAGUAUGCUGAGAAAAGCUACAGCACAGAACGCUCACUGGUAUCCCUCCUCAAAACGGGCCCAGAUGAUCAUGUUGAUACAGUGGACAAGAUCCAGAAGACUGUUAAGGGUCUACAGAAAAGUAACCUGGGCCUACUGAGAGACGUGGCUGUUCUAAUAGCCCAGAACUUCAAGUCCAACCCAGAGAGGGGCAACUUCUUUACCUUACACAAGAAGGAGGGUGACAACGAGUUCAUGAGCAUCAUAGCCAAUGAAAUAGGCACUGAGGAGACGUUGGUUUUCCUGACUGUUGGAGAGGAGAAAGGACCAGGGCUGUUCCUGCUGGCAGGACCCAGUGGGAAAGUGUCUGAACUGGGACCACGAGUGCUGGAGAUGCUCCAGGGCAAAGGGGCUGGGAAGAACGGGCGCUUCCAGGGCAAAGUAAACAGCAUGGCACGCCGAGGGGAGGUGGAGACCCUAAUACAGGAACACUGCAAGAACGAGCAGUAAUGGAUGACUGGAAACUCAAGCACAUGAUGACCACAACUACAUACAGACAACAUAGGUGACCCACUGCAGUUCUCUGCCAUCUUUCCUAACUAGCCUCUACAAGGUGUUGAAAGCGUUCCACAGAGAUGCCUGCCCAUGUUGACUCCAAUGCUUCCCACAGUUGUCAAGUUGUCUGGAUGUCCUUUGGGUGGUGGAUGCACACAGGAAACUGUUGCUUGUGGAAAAAACCCAGCAGCAUUGCAGUUCUUGACCCACUGAAGAGGCUCUGCAUUGGGACCUACUACCAUAUCCCGUUCAAAGGCGCUUAAAUAGUUUUGUCCUGUCAAUUCAUCCUCUGAAUGGCACACUUACAGAAUCCAUGUCUCAAGGCUUAAAAAUACUUCUUAAACAUGUCUCCUGCUCUUCAUCUACACUGAUUGAAGUGGAUUUAACAGGAGAAAUCAAUAAGGCUUUCACCUGAAAAUGGCGCCGACAGAUGGGGUUGCCGUGCUUCUAGCUCUAGGGCAACUUUGCAGUAUUUUGUUUUUAUGUGACAAGUAAAAUUUGAUUCGAAUCACCUGGUCAGUCUGUCAUGGGAAGAACAUGUGUUCCUAAUGUUUUGUACACUCGGUGUACAUUGUUACUAUAUCGUAUAAAUGAAUGAAAACAAAAAUUGGCUAAAUGGUCUUAAUGUUAGGCAAGGGGUUAGGCAUGAAGGUUAAAAUAAAAUGUUAUGGCUUUGGCUGUGCCAGCUAGUGACCACUGCAGAGCUGCAUCCACGACAAGAUUAAUUUCAGUAAAAGUCAACCUGUGCUUUGCUAAGUAAUGAUAAUUCUGACCUCAGAGAUGACCACAGUGUACAGUCUAAAUCAAGGAGCUGUAAAUAUUAUGAAUAAGAAUACUAGAUAUAUUCAUGAAUACAAGUUAUGGAAAAUGUAAAAAUUAACAUGUUGGACUAAGGAAGCACACCCAUGUAAUUCAUGAUUAACAUUGCAUUAAUUUUGAAUGUUUGAAGUUAUCCUUUUAAAUUGUAUUUGUUCUGUGCUUAUCAGUCUUUUUUUGAUUCUUUUGUAUAUUUCACCUUCAGUAAAUUAAAGGAAAGUAUAUACAUUUGGACAGUCAUUUUCAUUUGGUCUGCAGUUGCAUAACCAAAAGAAGAACCGACCUUGUCAAUUAACUUGCCAGUCAAAUAUUGAUGGUUCGGCCAAGGCUGUCAGUUCUACGUAUUUGCAGGGAGUGACGGCUGUGUGACGUGUGAACCUGUGUAAUCAGUGAGCGUGAGGCCAAAGUCCAGGGUUCCAUAUACAGAUGUAGGCUCUUCAUUUGAUCACCCUGUUGCAGGAAUGCAAACUUAUAGUGUAUUUGAGCUUUACAAAGGCUUCUAAACCUUGUCAUUUCCACUUUGAAAUGUCAGAAUUGAUUUGUCCUAACAAAAAAAAUGUAUUUGUAAGUCGCUCUGGAUAAGAGCGUCUGCUAAAUGACUUAAAUGUAAAUGUAUCAACCCCUACAAACGUAUUUCACAUUUCCUGUUGACAACUGGUUUGGCUCAUAUUGUUAGCUACUGAUUUUGGGGUUUGAAAACCAUGUCAUGAUUGUGCAGCAGGUAGCCUAGUGGUUAGUGCUGGGCCAGUAACCAAAAGAUUGCUAGAUCGAAUCCCCGAGGUGACAAGGUAAAAAUCUGUUAUUCUGCCCCUGAAUAAGGCAGUUAACCCACUCUUCCUAGGCUGUCAUUGAAAACAACAAUUUGUUCUUAACUGACUUGCCUAGUUAAAUAAAAAUGGUCAUUUUA